CAGCAGUGGGUCCAGUCACUAGAAAGACAGCAUCUCCUCCUUCGAGCUCUGCUGCCGCCGCCGCUGUUGGCCCUUGUGCAUCUAAGGAUAACUUGUCAUCCUUUCUAUUGUCUUGCUCUUUUCGGGACUAACACCAUGGGGAGAUUAGAUACGCUUCGGCAGUUUAAUUUGAUGAAAUGGCUCAGAGAGGAGAGACAAUCGAGGAAACUGAGUCUCUUCAUUGUUUUCGUCGCUCUCCUCUUGGAUAACAUGCUGCUGACUGUAGUCGUUCCCAUCAUUCCCAGCUACCUCUACAAUCUGGAUGAGUCAACAGAUGUGGUGUUGAAGAACGACACCCUGUCACAGCAGGCUCCUGCAGGAGCCUUCCACAGCAUCGUGUCCUUAUACGACAACACCAUGAGGUCUUCGGGCCCCAACACCACAGCUAGGUCUACUGCCCCCCCUACUGCUACAGAGCUGCCAAAGAACUCUUCCGAUUGCCCCCAGUCCACCACCAUGCUGCUUAAUGAGAAUGUCAAAGUGGGACUGCUGUUCGCCUCCAAGGCCACCGUACAGCUGAUUAUCAAUCCUUUCAUAGGGCCGCUCACAAACAGAAUAGGAUACCAACUUCCCUUAUUCGCCGGCUUCUGUAUCAUGUUCGUCUCUACUAUCAUGUUCGCCUUCUCAUCGAGCUACGCUCUGCUGUUUCUGGCCAGAUCGCUUCAAGGUGUAGGCUCCUCCUGCUCAUCUGUGGCCGGGAUGGGAAUGCUUGCGAGUGUGUACACAGACGAUGAGGAGAGAGGUCACGCCAUCGGGAUCGCCCUGGGUGGUCUGGCAAUGGGAGUGUUAAUUGGACCCCCAUUCGGCAGUGUGAUGUAUGAGUUUGUUGGGAAGACCGCUCCUUUCCUGAUUCUGGCUUUCCUGGCUUUGUUUGAUGGAGCUCUGCAGCUCUUUGUUCUUCAGCCCACCAAGGUGGAACCAGAGAGUCAGAAGGGGACCUCGCUGUUCACACUAAUGAAGGAUCCAUACAUUCUAAUUGCAGCUG